UAUUCAUCUCCAACAAUGGGAGGGGAUAGAAUAAAUCUGAGCCGUGCACUCUUGCUUCUUCACCAGGGAGGUGCAGACUGGGACCCUAAAGCGAGCGAGUGGCUUCAAGAGAGGGAGCUAAACUCUGUAGCAUCUGAGCUGGCGGGUCGACAAGAGGAGAGCGAACAUUCCCACAAGCACCUGGUAGAGCUGAGCAGGGAGUUCAAGAGAAAUGUCCCUGAGGAAGUCCGGGAGAUGGUGGCACCUGUUCUCAAGAGUUUCCAAGCCCAGGUGGUUGCUCUGAACAAGCGCAGUAAGGAGGCAGAGUCUGCGUUCCUGGGAAUCUACAAACAGCUUAUCGAGGCCCCAGAUCCAGCUCCCAUGCUGGAGGCCUCACAUUCCCUGGAGGAAAGGCUGCAGCAACUUCAGAGUUCGGCCCCAGACAGCGAGGCCCUGGUGCGAGAGAUCAGUGGGCACUGGAAAAAACACCUCGAGUGCCUUGAAAAGACAGAGUCCUCAGAGGACGGUCCAGCAGUAUCGGGAGCAGCAGUGACAGAGGAGACCCCAGAAACCAGCUCUUCAGCCUCCCUGAUGACCCCCAACAGCACACCGGCUCCUGGGGAACCAGGCUCUCCGCAGCAGAACUGCCAGGACCGAGCUGAGGACCAAGGGGAGGCGGAGGAGAGCGCUGAUGUUAGCGGGGCUGACAGACUAUCAGAAGCAGAGGAGAAGAUCAAAGUUCUGCAUUCAUCUUUGAAUACUGCACAGACAGAGCUGCUGGACCUGCGGUGUAAAUACAACCAGGAGAUGGCCAACAAGGCAGAGGAGGUCGAUGCCAUCAUGGCGAAUCUUGAGAAAGCAAACCAGAGAGCAGAAUUGGCUCAGAGGGAAGUGGAGAGGCUAAAGGAGCAGUUAGCCAGUGGCCAGAAUGCCACCACAGGGAGCUGCCAUCCAGCAGAGGGCACUAGCAGGGAGAAGAACGAGAAGGGCGAUGUGUUGCCCUCCCAGCUGGAGGCUGCCUUGCUGGCUAAAGACCGCGAAAUCCUCCGACUUCUAGAAAACAUUCAGCGGCUGCAGUUCACACUGCAGGAAGUGCAAGAGACCUCAGCCAAUCAAAUCCUAGAGCUGGAACGUCAGCUGGCCUAUAAGACAGAAGCUAUCGAGAGAUUAGAAGCUAAACUGCAAUCCCAAAUGGACUAUGAAGAGAUUAAAACUGAACUAAGUAUCCUAAAGGUAAUGAAGCUGGCCUCAGCAAAUGGCAGCUCAUCCCAGGAUUCUGCCAAGGCUGCAGAGGCUCUUUUGCUGGAUAAAGAGGCCUUUCUUCCAUCUCACAAGUACCUGGUGGAUAAGACCAGAAUAUUGCACAGCAAUGAUGAUGACCAUUCUGAGGACACAGGUAGGGAGACAGGCAGGCCGCUGGGCUCCCAUUCAUCCUCCUCUCAGGCAGACAGUCGUGCCUCCCCCAGCCCUGGUCCCCCACUGGAUGGCUCCUCCUCCAGCCAUGAUCUCCCCCGUCCUUUCUCCGUGUCUCCAUGCUCUGGCGACCGACUGUCAGGAGACCACAUACUCCACAAGCAGCUCCUCUCUCCACACUUUAAAAAGGACGGCCUCAUGGCUUUCCCCACCGCCCUCUAUGCAGCCAAAGUUGCCCUCAUGUCAGCCUCUCAAGGGUCUGCAGGGGCUGGCAGCGUUGAUGCUGGCUUGCCCAGCGACCAGUCAGAAAGCGGCAGCUCAACUGCAGGAGACGAGGACCAACUAGACACAGCAGAGAUUGCCUUCCAGGUGAAAGAGCAGCUGCUGAAGCAUAACAUUGGCCAGAGAGUCUUUGGCCACUAUGUGCUGGGCCUCUCCCAGGGCUCGGUCAGUGAGAUCCUGGCAAGACCCAAACCCUGGAGGAAGCUGACUGUGAAAGGCAAAGAGCCUUUUAUUAAGAUGAAGCAGUUCCUCUCUGAUGAACAGAACAUCCUGGCACUCAGGACCAUCCAGGUCCGCCAGAGAGGGAGCAUCACUCCACGCAUCCGAACUCCUGAAACUGGGUCAGACGACGCCAUUAGGAAUAUCCUGGAGCAGGCCAAGAAGGAGAUCCAAUCCCAGAGGGGAGGUGAUGGCAAGUCAUCUUUAAACAGUUCAUCAGGCAGAAGCAGUAACGGGGCGGGCAGCAGCUCUGAUGAAACCAUAAAGAGCAUCCUGGAACAGGCCAGGAGGGAGAUGGAGGCACAGCAGCAGGCCCUGAUGGAGAUGGAGGUUUGCGGGAGGGCCUCAACUGCCAGCUCAGGAGUUCAGAUGGAACGUCUGGGGCCCCCUGAGCGCUCCAGGGGCCUGCCUUUACCCAUCUCCAUCAAACAAGAGGAAGGAGGCUGUGUUACCGUGUGCAUGGCCAAUCCCAUCAGCAGCCCCCAGACACCCCUCAGUGUCCUCUCCCCUGCUGCUUUUGUCCAGAACAUCAUUCGCAAAGUCAAAUCAGAGAUCGGUGAAGCGGGCACGUACUUUGAUCAGCACUGGUCUCAAGAGCGGGGACCCAUCGGACUUGGAGGCGGCGGUAGCUCUCGGCCUUUCAGUUCAGUCUCCCCCUCCUUGUCUUCCUCCUCUUCUGGCCCCUCAGCUUUGCCUCGGCCCUGGCCUCGCCUUGAGAAUGGUGAGGGUCUUCCCAACAGCGAGGAGGCCUCUGCUGCUGAGGAUGAGCUGGGCCUGGGCCGACCAGUAGAAGUGAAGGUGGAGUCAGACACCUCUGUAAGCGGUGAGUCUCCAGGACCCGGCCCAGGACGCCUCUCCUACUACCCAGCAUAUAUUCCUCGUGCACUGAAACCCACCGUGCCCCCCCUGACACCAGAGCAGUAUGAGAUGUACAUGUAUCGGGAGGUGGACACCAUUGAGCUGACCAGGCAAGUGAAGGAGAAGCUGGCGAAGAACGGCAUCUGUCAGAGGAUCUUUGGUGAAAAGGUGCUGGGACUUUCUCAAGGCAGUGUGAGCGACAUGCUGUCUCGGCCCAAACCCUGGAGCAAGCUGACCCAAAAAGGCAGGGAGCCUUUCAUCCGCAUGCAGCUGUGGUUACUGGAUCAGCUCGGCCAGAGCCUCAACCAGCCGCCAAACCAAGGCCACGCUCAGGAUAAAAGCCCAGUGAUGGCACAGUCCUCACCCUCCCCGCCUCCUAGCCCAGCGGAGAGCCAUGCAAGUCCCCUGGUUGAGCCUGUCAGUCUCUCUCUGGAGAGCAGCAAAGAGAACCAGCAGCCUGAGAGCCUGGUUUUGGGGUUGCCCACCCAUCCAGAGGGAGGGAAGUCCACUCCGAGCCUCACAGCUCUACAUCAACCCACAAACCCACUGGGCAUCCAGGAGCUGGUGGCCAUGUCUUCAGAGCUGGACACCUACGCCAUUACCAAGAAGGUCAAGGAGGUGCUAACAGACAACAACCUUGGCCAGCGUCUUUUCGGGGAGACCAUCCUGGGUCUGACUCAAGGCUCAGUGUCCGACCUGCUCUCCAGGCCCAAACCUUGGCACAAACUGAGCCUGAAAGGCAGGGAGCCAUUUGUCCGCAUGCAGCUUUGGCUCAAUGAUCCUCACAACGUGGACAAGCUGAGGGCCAUGAAGAAGAUGGAGAAGAAAGCCUACCUGAAGAGGCGGUACGGGCUGCUGAGCACUGGCUCGGACAGCGACUCACCCAGCACUCGUUCUGAGUGUGUGAGUCCAGCCUUGACCUCGCUAGACUUGUGCCCCUACAGCCAGGUGAAGAAACCUCGGGUGGUGCUGGGAGCUGAGGAGAAAGAAGCCCUGAGGAAGGCCUACCUGCUGGAGCCCUACCCCUCUCAGAACACUAUCGAAAUGCUGGCCUCACAGCUCAACCUCAAAACUAACACUGUCAUCAACUGGUUCCACAACUACAGGUCUAGAAUGCGACGUGAGGUGCUGAUGGAAGGUCUGCCAGAUGAUACAGAUGCUGAACACCACAGCUACUCCCCUUCAGUGACACGGAGCCCCCACUCUGAUGGAGAGGAGAGGAGGCUGCAACAGCCCUCAGGACACAUGCACUCCUGCCUUCCUCUUGGCGCCAACAGUGCACUGCCUCAUGUCAAACAGGAGGCAAUAGACAGGGAAGAUGAGGCAGAGGCGGGAGGAGAAGGCUCUAUGAAACAGUCAAGAGCUCAGUGUUUUCCCACCGUACCAUUCCCACAGCUGAAAAGCGAGCACGAAGACUCCAUCACUGGCUGUCGCGAGCCCCACCUGGCUGGGCAGAGCUUAAGGCAAGAGGAGGGGAUGAGCAGCCAGACUCAGGGGCUCUAUCCUGGUGCAGCCUCCAUAGAUGCCCAGAGAGCCAACCAGUCCAGGCAUGAGGGGGAAGAAUCCGGAAAGUCACCCGUUGACCCCGUCAGCUUCAAGGCUUCAUCAGAGCCCUGCCGCAGCAGCCUAGAGGUCUCCCUCAACUCCCCCUCUGCUGCAUCCUCACCCGGCCUCAUGAUGUCAGUCUCCCCUGUUCCCUCCUCCUCUGCUCCCAUAUCACCCUCGCUGCCCAACCCUCCAUCAACAAGCACCAAUCACAGCCUGGACCCGAACCCACUCCCUCCCUUCCAAAGCCCUAAACUCAACAGAAGCACUCAGAGACGCAACGAGAAAAUGGCCAACCUCAAUAACAUCAUCCACAGGCUAGAGAGAGCGGCCAAUCGAGAAGAAACACUGGAAUGGGAGUUUUAAGUCCACUUUACUGUAUCUAGUGCGGAUGACCGUCGCAGCACACAGGAGAGUCUCAGAUAGAGUCUUCCUGAAGACUUUGAAUGGAGCCUGGCUCCUGAAGGCCUGUCCUCUCACACUGAAAACUCUUAGGAAACGGGAACGCAGAGCUAAACAUAUGGCUAAAUUCCCUACAAAAACUCAAGAGUUGAAAAAAAUAUAUGUGUGUAUUUGUUUUUUUUUUCUUUUGAUAAUGCAUACUACUUUGAACUAUAUGUGACAGCACUAGCUGUUAUUUUACCUAUUGGACUUGACAUGAAGACUUUUGCAGCUAUGGUGUCAUAAAAUGUACACUGAAGUUCUGUAGAUUGCCACUGGGUGAGAUUAAAAAAGACCCCUGUCUUAAGCCAUUAAAAGCACUAUAACUAUUUGAAAAGAGACAUUGACCAAAUUUGCUACUUUUUGAAUAGCAAUUUUUCAGAUUUUGUCUGUAAGACUGGACAGUUUAAGUCAAGUAACAUGAAGUCCUAUUACUGACUGAGGGAUAGUCCUUUAAGACUCUAAAUAUUGAACAUCUUGUAUGUACUUAGUUUCUUGGUGAUAUGUUUUGAAAUAUUUGUAACUCACACGUAUAAAAUGUGGUUGUACAUGUUGUAGAAUUGUCUGCAAUAGCCUUCUCCAAACCUGAUGUAGCAUGGUACUCACCUGACCCUGUUAUCCUCUGUAGUUAGUCACCUGUGAUUAUACUUGAGCGAAAAAAAGUUGAAAACCCUGCAAAAAAUAAGAAAAAAGAAAACGUUAAAUCUAAUGAGUAGAGUACUUUAAGUGUUUUCUUUUGUUUUUUUCUUUGAAUAAUCCUUGAGGUUUACAGUUUAGGGCCCUUGUGCUUUUGGUAGUAAGUGAACCAUUCACUUCACAAGAGCACAGUUUACAUGAUUUCUUUCAGACUUACCUCUCUGACCCUCUAAGGCACUGGUUCUCAGACUGUAACGGGCCAAGACACAGGACACCUGGUUUACCUCAGAUUAUGUUGAUGCACAUCAUGCUAUGAUCAUGCGUUUCAUUCUUAUACAUAAACAUGAGCCACACUUACUUGAGUCAGUGGAGGAAAACUAUAAUGUAUUAUGCCUCACACGUGAGUUCAUGCCUCAAAGAUCAAACAUGGAGCAAGUGGGGAGUAUUAAGGAGUUUUACAAAGAACACGAGGAGUGGUUAUUCCUUUGUAUGUAUGCAUUGUGAUUCUCCUCGCAGGUUAGACCGGAUUGAGAGUGCAAUCUCAAAAUGGGUAUUUUACUGUAGCUGCCACAAAUUGUAACUAAUGAAACACCUCUGGCUCAAGCAUCGUAUCUCUACAGUUCUGCACAUUGAUCUACUUUGAGGCUGAAGCUCAUAGUGUUUGAAAGCAAGAUGCAUACAGUAUGACCUCUCAUCAACCAGACAGCAUUCAAUCUGUAAGUACACUAUAUUCAAGUACACAAAAGGUUACAGGUAUCCCCUCAUAUUAUCUUUGACCACUUGUGUAUUGUGUCUGUAGACGUUUCUUUGUCAUGCUUGCAAGAUGUUCUUUAUGUAUUUUGCCUCUAUUUUAUACUCAGAACAGUUAACUAGAUAUUCAAUACCUCGUGUAUGAAGUACUUACAGCACUUAGAUUUUGAUAAUUGUGAGGACUCAAGAAAAAUUCAAAUAUCAACAUUAUCCUAACUUAGUGUCCACAAGUCUUUGCCUUUACUGUAUCGUUGAAGUUGGUAGUAAACACUUGCACAUGUCUACAUAGUUCAGAGGACUUGGAUUGUAUUAUGUAGAGAUAUAUAUUACGCAAUUACUAAAAAAUAAUAUCUUACAUUCUUGGAACAAAAUGUGCUGAUUAUAUUGAAAUAGAGUGUACAGAUUUAAUAAACCAAACCCAUUCAAGCCAGUUCUGGUCUGGCAAGCUUGCCCACAUUUUAGACCUUCUCUCAGGGUAGUCUUGCUUUUUAAAGCUUUACUGAAACAGUUACUCUCAUCAGUGGUGUUGGUUAUGACAAACAUGCGGUGUAUAGAAAGACUCCGUUAUACUGAACAUGUGGAAGUUAUACGAACAUGGGAAUUUCAACUUUUGCCGAAAAUGGUGGUUUGUUGGAGAAUUGUUGCCGUUUUUUAAUUCAUUACACACAUGUCAAAGUACAGUGUAGACUGGAACUACCAGGAUGAGGCUAAUGGGUUACAAUUUUGAGAUCAGUAGGCUUUACUCUUUAAAAUAUUGUUUUUGUUUUCUCUUGGAGCCACAGAAGAUUUUUCUCUGGUUUUCGUACCACCAUAUUUUGUGCAUAAUAUACUGUAUGAUUAGAAGUGGCAUUUCUUAUGUGAAAAUUUCAUUGUCUUUCAUGGUAACAUGGACAUAUGACUGAAAAAGAAAUGUAUUUACCCAGACCAUUAAUUCUUCAUGUAAAGCUCAUUUCAUUGUUUUGCAUGCAAAUCCAUUCUGGUCACAUGACAAGGGAUAGACUGUUUUUGUGUUAAUGUUCUUGCACAGGGACAUUGAAUCAGCACUUAAAAUCUUUUUGCAUUAGUGAAGUCCGUGCAUGGUGCAGCUGAUAAAUAUGACUCUCACAAAGUCAUCAUGAUUCCAGUCAAAUCAGGACCCAACAAUGACCCCCGAAACAUUACUUCCAGGUAAAUAUUGAAGUCAAGAUUAUUUUGUGCCAUAUCAUAUGCCUCAUGCAUUAUCCUCACGGAGAAAUGCCUUGUGGUAAAGUGUGAUCUACAAAGUGUGUAGGGCUUUUGUCAACCAGUCCAGAAAAGCAAAGCUUUUUAAUACAAGAGCCCUACACAUUAGAUGAUUUUAUUUUAUAACUGACAUCAGUCACUAAAUAAUGAAGUAACUGGUCAGCAAAAUUUGAAUGAUUCAGAGUUGCUAAUAUAGAAAUAAUAUUUACAACUCUGGCACUGAGGGUUUGUCACAGAUAAUUUGUCAUAUAAAAGUCAGCUGUGAGCUAAUAAAGAAAAGUGUCCUGCAGGUUUAAUUAACCAUCUAAUGCCUCACAUGUCAGGCUAAUAAAUGUUAAAGAAUGGACAAAGGUAUGCCAAGCGUCUUGGAAAUGAAAUUGCAUAUGUAAGCCAUCAGUCAAUACAUAAUUGUUUAAGA